AAACAAUUGAAUGAUGUUAUAACAUUAAGAUAACGAUUAAUAUAAAUGAUCUUGUAUCGAAAAUUUAUUAUUAUAUCUUUAUCAGAGUGGUUAACUGUGAUAGUUGACAAUAAAUAACAUUAUAUUUAAGACAUUUGUGAACUCUCUGUGUACAUUAAACAAAUAUCAUUGACCGGUCCAUUGAAAUGGAAGACUUAAUAGAAACUGAUGCAACGGGAGUUCCUGACAGGAAUUGCGAUAAAGAUAUACCUCAUUACAAACAGGAUGAACGUGUAGAAUGUUUAGAAAAUGUCCCUGUGAUUCUACAAAGUAUUCCAGAUCCUCCUAGUGACUGGACAUUAAAUUGUCUUUUAGAUGACAUUGCAAUGAAAGUUGACGACAAUAAACAAUUAGAGAGGUUCAAAGCACUUUUUAGAGGAUGUGGUAAAUCUUCUAUCGGAAAGGGAAAACUAGAAGAGUGCACAUCAUGUAUUCAGUUUUUCAAUAUUUUAAAAGAAAGAAUGUUUAUAUCAAAGGAUAAUCUGCUAUAUCUUCAGAAAUUUCUAUAUAUGUUAGACGAUAAGGAGCUUAUUGUAAAACUUUUAGAUUAUUGCAGAACACAGAACAAGCCCUAUGCUUACAAGGAAGAAUUCAAUGAAGCAGAGUUAGAAGAGUUUCGAUGCAAGCAAGUCAAAUUUCAUCUGAAAGGAGAAGAUCAUUUAGAAAAGAAUCACCAGAUAGCUGUCCGGGAAAAGAUUGCAGUUAUUCUUGGCGUUCCUCAUGAAAAUGUUAUAAUCAUCGGCGUAGAACGUGUCGCGAGUUUAUGCGUAACACUGUUGAUUCCCAAAACAUACGCCGCUAUUUUUCAAAACAUGCUGGAAGAAAAUCAACAAUUCGAAGAACUAGGUGCUUUAAGCAUUGACUGGAUAUAUAUUGACAACAAAGGGUACAAUAUAACAGGUACCGAAGAUAUUAGCGAGGCACAACAGCAAGGAAAGAUCGAGAGUAUUUACGCCCAAUAUGAAGAAAAGAUUCGAUGUUUGGAGAAAACAGAAGCGCAAAAUUUGGAACUGAAAGAAAAUAUUGAUGUACUGAAACAAAUGUUGGAUGAUGAGAAGAAUCGUACCGAAGAUAUUAGCGAGGCACAACAGCAAGGAAAGAUCGAGAGUAUUUACGCCCAAUAUGAAGAAAAGAUUCGAUGUUUGGAGAAAACAGAAGCGCAAAAUUUGGAACUGAAAGAAAAUAUUGAUGUACUGAAACAAAUGUUGGAUGAUGAGAAGAAUCGUACCGAAGAUAUUAGCGAGGCACAACAGCAAGGAAAGAUCGAGAGUAUUUACGCCCAAUAUGAAGAAAAGAUUCGAUGUUUGGAGAAAACAGAAGCGCAAAAUUUGGAACUGAAAGAAAAUAUUGAUGUACUGAAACAAAUGUUGGAUGAUGAGAAGAAUCGUAGACUAGAACUAGAAUCCCAAGAUA